AGCAUUGUUCAGAAAAAGCCAACACCUCUUUACAAACGUUUGCUUAAAGAUUUGGAUAAUGUGCCUAAACCAGCUAGACGGAUGGCGCCUAGUUCUAUACCAUCAGAAGUUCGUGAUGUUUGUAGAAAUUUUGUAUCAAAACAUUCAGAAUUUCAAAUAGAGGUCAUACCCGAUUUGUUAUCUCAUGACGGGAAUUGGAAAGAUUCGAAAGAG